AUGGUCGAUGAGAUGGGCGACUCGGGAGGUUCGGAGGUGUCGGCGGGGGAGAAUGACGCCAUGGUCGAUGAGAUAGGCGACUCGGGAGGUGCGGAGGUGUCGGCGGGAGAAAAUGUCGACGGCAUGGUCGAUGAGAUGGGCGACUCGGGAGGUGCGGGGCUGUCGGCGGAUCAAAGUCCUAGGAAGCAGGUCGAGCCUAGUACGUAA